CGUGACAACAGACGCCGCUCGGCGGACGCGCUGUCCAGGUGUUCAGUGUAUGAUAUUGCAGAGAUCUGGACCGUUUUGAAGCUUUAUCAGUGUAUCUGCAUGACAUGGCCUAACGUGAUAUGCCUUGUCCACGAGCCCCGGCUUUCACUCGGACGCCUGAGAUGCCGACUCUCCGCCCUCAGUCCCUCUUUUCUCUGAGAAAUGAAGCGGGAACCCCGUUAAAAUGAAGACCGACACGGGGAUGAGAAUUUGAGCCGUGUGUGUGUUUAUACCUCGAAGUGGGAGAAGCUAGCGGUUAGGCUAGCCACCUAGCUCAGACACCCGGCGGCGGCUCGGAUAUCGGGAUUUGCGCCGCCAUGGCUGGGCUCAUCAAGAAGCAGAUCCUGAAGCAUCUCUCCAGGUUUGCUAAGAACUUGUCGCCAGACAAGAUCAACCUGAGCACGCUGAAGGGGGAGGGCCAGCUGACCAACCUGGAGCUGGAUGAGGAGGUUCUGCAGAGCCUGCUGGACUUGCCCACCUGGCUGGCCAUCAACCGUGUGGAGUGCAACAAAGCCGCCAUCAGGAUACCAUGGACAAAGUUAAAGACCCACCCGAUCUCUUUGACCCUGGAUAAAGUGGUGAUGGAGAUGAGUACCUGUGAUGAGCCCCGCCCCCCGAAUGGCCCGUCUCCCAUAGCAACAGCAUCAGGACAAAGUGAAUACGGCUUUGCUGAGAAGGUGGUAGAAGGCAUGUCGCUGUCCAUCAACUCCAUCGUCAUCAGGAUCAGUGCCAAGGCCUUUAACGCCUCCUUUGAGCUCUCCCAGCUGCAGGUUUACAGCGUCAACACCAGCUGGAGCAUCAGUGACCUGCGAUUCACCCGCAUCCAGGACCCCCAGAGGGGAGAGAUCCUGACUUUCAAGGAGAUCAGCUGGCAGAUGAUCCGAAUCGAGGCUGACGCUAUCCAGAGCGCCGAGCAUGAGAUGCUGAGCGCCCCUAUUCGCCUCAUCACCAAUCAGUCCAAGAUCCGAGUCACUCUCAAGAGACGGAUUAAGGACUGUAACGUGGUGGCCUCCAAGCUGAUUCUGAUCCUGGACGACCUGCUCUGGGUGCUGACCGACUCCCAGCUCAAAGCCAUGGUGCAGUAUGCCAAGUCUCUCAGCGAGGCCAUGGAGAAGUCUGCCCAGCAGAGGAAGAGCAUGGCCACAGAGGACCAGGUGUCGUCAGCGCCGCCCUCGGCUCAACAGGUGCGCACCCAGCAGGCGUCCACAGCAGCUGACCAGAGUGCAACCAUGGCGAAGCUGUUCAGCGCCUACGACGUAUGUGAGACGUCCCACCACCUCCAGAUCACACACCUGGACCUGCACAUCUGUGAUGACAUCCAUGCUAAGGACAAAGUGAUCAAUAAGAGGGUAACGGGUGGAGCCAUGCAGCUCUCCUUCAGCUCCAUCACUCUGGACUACUACCCUUUCCACAGAGCAGGUGACAGUUGUGUCCACUGGAUGCACUACAGCGAGGCCACCAAGACCAGAGAGGGCUGGGCACGAAAUCUGCUCGACGAGUUCAAGUCCAACGUGGAGAUGCUGAAGGGCGCAGUCCGAGACCAGCACGGUCCGCCCCCUGCACACAGCUCCCCACCACACGGUAAGAUUAACACCUCUUCCAGCGCUUCCUUCAGUCCUCCUCCCCCUCAAAGCCCCAAGACGCAGCUCAUGUCCAGCUCUGUUGUUCUCAGGAUGGCUGACUUCAGCAUCUACCAGGUGUCAACAGCAGACCAGCGUCGCUCCAGCCCCAAGACCAUGAUCUCCUGCAAUAAGAAGUCUUUGUACCUUCCCCCAGAGAUGCCAGCUAUUCAUGUCGAGUUUACAGAGUACUACUUCCCCGAUGGAAAAGACUACCCUAUCCCAUGUCCUAACCUGUAUGCCCAGCUGAACGCCCUGCAGCUGGUUCUGGAUCCUCGCAGCCUGGUGUGGAUCAACCUUUUCGCCCUCGACCUCAGGCAGAGUCUGGAGCAGUUCAUGGAGAUCUACAAGCUCAGCGACUCGCAGAAACCCGAAGAGCAUGUUGACAUCAAGGUCGAUGGCCUCAUGCUCAAGCUGGUGAUUCCCACGGAUCGGGACGCCUCCUGUCCCGCUGAUCUGCCUCGCUCCAUCUCAGUGCAGACCUCCGAAAUGGUUGCCACAAACACCAGGCACCCAGCUAACUGCACCCGCUCCCACCUCGAAGCCGUGCUGCAGGCCUUUGAGGAGGAACCCUUCUUCUCCCCCCGUUUCUCCUCGUUCCCUCGCUCCUCCUCCUCAUUACCCCUCCUCCAUCCCGUCUUCCAGCGCCACGCUCACGAACAAGACACCAAGCUCCACGACAUCUACAAGGGCCUGGUGGUGCCGACGUUGGGCACGGACGCCCUCAAGAUGCCGGCCGCCACAGACUUUUGGGCAUUACACUUUGCACAGUUCUGGGUGGACUAUGAAGGCACCCGUGGAGGCAAAGGGCGGCCACAGCCCUUUGUGGACUCGUUCCCACUCACUGUGUGGGCAUGUCAGCCCGCCAAGAUUGUCCUGCACCAGGAGAAGCUCAGAAGCGGUGCUGGAUCAGGUUUGUCCAGGAGCACAUCUGGAGAGGCUGUCGCACGUCUGCAGAGGAAACGAUUAUUAAAGGAGUUUUACAGUGCUGAUGGCGUAUCGACGUCAGCACACAAUGCAACACUGCCUCCCAGUAACGGACUCCAUAAACCCCUCUCAUUGGACAGUCUGCCUUCCUCCUCCUCGUCUUUGUCAUCAUCUAGUAAAGAUGCAGAUGUGCAUGUACUGGUGCAAGUGCAGAAGCAUUUAAGUGCUCAGGUGAGCCACCGGCAGUUUGUGUUCCUCAUGCAUCUUCAGCGCAGCAUCAAAGCCCUGCAGCAGACACUACAGCAGGAUCUGGAGGAGAUGGGCUCCAAGAAAGAUCGCAAAGAUCCCUCUCAGCUCUCCGCAGACCACCAGCCUUUCACUCUCUGCCUGGGCCUCCUUCUGAAAAGCGCAGAGGUGUCCCUGCUCCUGAAGCCCGUCCCCCAGCCUGAGGGCUCAAGAUCUCCCCUGGGGUCCGAGCUUUCCCCCUCAGAGAGCCGAGGAACUCUGGAGCCCGGGAGCGAUGCAGGAGAGGGGGUGGAGAAGGGGAGUGAAGGAGCUGGAUCUGGGUCUGAAGGAGGAGCAGCCAAAGGGGCGUGCACUGUAGACCAGCUGUUAUGUGGUGAAGGCUCAGAGGGCGGAGCCUCACACGGUCCCGCCCCUCUCGUCCCCAACUCUACUCCAACUCCACGUCCUGACUCAAAUCACAAAGCCUCACUGGAUGAGAGGACUUCAGCUAAGAACUCUGGGAGACGGAGUUCAGAUGAAGGAGGCGAGGUGUUAGUGGAUGGGUUGGCUGGAGGGGAGGAUGUGGGAGCCGGACAAGACUCUCAGACCCAGAUGGGUGACCCCCUGUCUGACUGGAGCGACAAAGACAAGGCUGCAUCCGCCAAGAUGCCUCAGUCAAUAUCCAGGAAAGGAAGUUUGUCUGUGGUUUCUGAUCUCCUCAGCUCCUCAAACUCCAGCAGAUCCACCUCCCUUUAUUCCAUGUCCAACAUUGGUCGUUUGAUGCGGGACCGCUCCCAGUCCAGUUUCUCAGUGUCCUAUAAGAACAUGAAGAAGAGCCCGUCUCUGCAGUCGCUGGACAACAUCUCCAUAGACAGCUACCUGAUGGAGGACGGAGACACGUACAGUCUGCUGGAGAGAGAUGACGUGUCCAUCUCAGGCUUCAAGGACGCCAUCAGUGAGCAGAGUGCCACUGAGAGCGCCACCGAGGCAGUGACUGCUCAGGAGCAGGAGGGAGGCGCAUCCCCCGACACCGUCAGUGCUACCUCCCAGAGCAUCGACGAUCCCACCAAAGAUAUAGUGUCGGUGCUGGUGCUGAAGGUGCAGUCGGUGUGUGUGGGCAUGGAGGUGGUGGGCGAGAGCGCGGCUGUGGCUCUGGAGGUGGGCCGGGUCACACCCAGCCAGCUGGGCAACGUCAGCCUGAGACAGUACCUCAGCAACCGCAGCCUGGGUAUGGUGUGUUCAGUACCAAUACCUGCUCAAAGCAGCCAAGCCGGUGGUGAGAUCAACUCUGCACCUGUCGGGUGCCUCCACAGUCCAGAGGUGCGCGCUCGCCUGGAGAGCGGGCCCUGUGCCGCCGCUCACUCCCCGCUGGCUGAGCGCAAUGGCUUCCUGCAGCUGCGUCUCCACGGAUACCAGGCCAGCUUCUUGAUGUCCACGCUGCGUAACCUGGCUCUCUUCCUGGAGGAUGACUCUGCGCCGCAGGUGCUGCCCAUGGAGAUCAGCAUCAGGGACACACACGUCAACUUAAAGGACGACGGUACCCGUGACAAUCCCUCCGACUCAGAGCCCUCGCCGAUCACCCUGCAUGUGGACAGCCUCGUCAUACACAGAAGAGACGACGGCGCCUUCUCUAUAGGAGUGGACACCGCAGCAGAGACCAACCCCAGGAAAGAGGGUGGGUUGAUUGACAGCGCUCUGACGCCGGUUGCUGAGGUUGUUGGCGGCGUCUGUGGCGUACCAAAGGCAACACAGACCCAAGCCCCGCCCACCAGCCCUCCUCCAUCGAGCAGAGAAAAGAUGCUGAUGGAGGAAAACGAAUGUUUAAAAUUGGAGCUGUCGCGAGCCAAGAUGGCGCUGGCUGAAGCUCAGAUGGAGAAGGACUCGCUGCUGCACCGCAUGAAGAGCCUCAAAGUCAACACCAGCUAGACCUGACUCUCUCUCCACACCCAGUCGGUCAGGAUGGGUCAGCGAAAUAAUCAAAGGCAACAUCAACAAGCAAAGAAAAAGAGGGAUAUCUUGACUAAAACGGCUCCUUUACACGCUUAUCUGUUGAGUGAGCCACCACGUGACUUUAGACUUCAAAAUAAUUCCCUCAUAAAGCAAUGCAGAGUCUGUGCGAAGACUCAAAAAUACAUGUUUUUACACGCUUGUCGUCUGUUUUACGUUCUCCACUUUGGACUGUGGAGACUUAGAGAAGGGAGAAAUGACAUUUAAUGGGACUAAAUUUGUGUUUGUGUGUGUGUUUGUGUGUGUGGAAGAAAGAGGAUAAGGAUCUAUAUCCAUGGUUGUGCCUACAGAAAACCCUUCCCACACUAUUCCUGUUGUGCAAGUGAAUACCGAAAAGAAUCACAGCUAACCUUAGAUGAGCUUCAUUCAGUCCUGUGCGUAUGAAGGAGCGCUGAAUGUCGAAUCUUCAGAGGAAUGUCUUAAAAAAAAAAAAAAAAACCCGACUUAUUUUGCACUGCACAGAAAUUAAACUUUAGUGCUUUCAUAAUCAGAGGGGACGAGACAGAUCACACUCUCACUCAUCCUCUGAGUGUGUACAGUGUAUAUUGUAUAAGAAUGUGAACACACGACUAUUUUCUUCAGAAUUUUGAAUGGAUAUAUGCAGUGUUUCGUGUGUGUGUGUGUGUGUGUGUGUGUGUGUGUGUGUGUGUGUUUGU